UGGGGACUCCACUUGUUGCCGAAGAAUUCUUUCGAGAGAUUCUCGAAUUGGCUUUUCGAAACUCCGACGAAACCAAUCUGGCAGUCGUGUCCCAGAUAUCGGACUUGUCGAGCUCGAAGAUCAUUGAAUCUUUGUGAGGCAUGCCUUAUUGCUGAUAUUGUUCAACAUUUUGUUGAGACUGAGCUGGAAUUUGACGCCAAUUAUUAUGUCUACCAAGAUGUGAAUCGAGCAAUUCAACACGUUCAUCGAAUUGGCUUAGCUCAUAGAGGAAUUCUUACUGAUCCACAUAAAUACCUAUUACGCUUUUUAAAGAUGCUAAGAGAGAAAGGGAAGAAACUUUUCUUGUUGACCAACUCUCCCUAUUAUUUUGUGGAUGGAGGGACGCGCUUUAUGUUGGAGGAUUCUUUGGGAUACCUAGACUCCUGGAGGGAACUUUUUGAUGUCGUUAUUGCUAAAGCCAACAAACUAGAGUUUUACACAUCUGAGCAUCCAUUUCGUUGUUAUGAUAAGGAGAAAGACAACUUGGCUUUUUCGAAGGUAGAUGUUUUUCUUACAAAAAAAAUUUACUACCAUGGAUGCCUGAAGGCUUUUUCCCAUAUAACUAAGUGGAAUGGUCCAGAGGUGAUAGACUUUGGGGAUCACCUAUUUAGUGACUUGAGAGGGCCAUCGAAAGCAGGGUGGCAUACUGCUGCCAUUAUCCACGAAUUGGAAAAUGAGAUAUGAAUACAGAACGAGGAUAGUUAUCGUUUUGAGCAGACGAAGUUUCAUUUAGUACAAGAACUUCUUGGAAAAGUGCAUUCCAAUGUUCCGAAUUGUAAGAGUGAAGCGUACAAGUCUCUUCUUCGGGAGAUCAACAAAGAGAGGCAGAAGGCACGUUGCGCUAUGAAAACCAUGUUUAAUGGGUCAUUUGGAGCUACAUUUCUUACCGACACUGGUCAAGAAUCUGCAUUUAGUUACCACAUCCAUCAAUUUGCCGAUGUUUAUACCAGCAAACCAGAGAACUUCUUGUUCUAUCCACUAGAAGCAUGGCUUUGUGUACCUUAUGAUAUAAAAAUCAUGCCACACCAUGUGAACGUUUUGUCAAAUUUGUUCAAGAUUUGAAUGAUUUCAUUCUACUGUUGA